AUGCCAUAUCCAGAUGGUAUAGCUUUUGUUCAUGGACUCGAUUUAAGUGAACGAUUCUUUUUCGAUAUUGUAAAACCAUUACUCGAUCAAUAUUAUCCUUUACUUCAAUAUACGGCUUGUUGUCUAGGGCCUGGCUCUGAUGUACUACGUUUUGAUUCAAUUCAAUCUCGUGAUCAUGACUGGGGACCAAAAUUUGAUCUAUUCGUUGAAAAUGAAGAGAAUAUCGAUGAAUUAAAUUCUUUUUUUAAUAAAAAUCUUCGAAAAAAAACUGUUUGUGGCUAUUCAACACAAUUUCAACCAUAUCUUGAAGAGAAUGGACGAAUCACACUAAUAAAUACAUCAAAUGAUCAAGAAAAUACAUGUCAUGGUAUUCGUAUAAUAACAAUGAAACAAUUUUUUAUUGAAUAUCUCAAUUGGGCAAUUGAUAAUGGCGAACCAACACUUGAAGAUUGGUUAACAUUUCCUAGUCAACAUCUAUUAACUAUAGCUCGAGGUCGGGUCUUUCAUCAUUCAGACAAUAUGAAUAUUGAACAUAUUCGAUCUCGACUGGCUUACUAUCCAAAUGAUAUUUUGCUUUAUUUAAUGGGUUGUUGUUGGCAACGUAUUGGACAAGAAGAACAUUUAAUGGGUCGUGCUGGGCAAGCAAAUGAUGAGCUUGGUUCUUCAUUAAUUGCAAAUCGACUUAUACGUGAUAUAAUGCGUCUUAUUUUUCUUUUAGAAAAACAAUUUUUUCCUUAUCCAAAAUGGUUUGGAACAGGAUUUCGACAACUAACAACAUAUGGUUCUGAUUUUGAAUCAAUACUUCGACAAGUUCAAUUAGCAAAUACAUGGCAACAACGUGAAUAUCAUCUAAGUAUAGUUUAUCAGCAUUUGGCAAAUAUUACGAAAGAAAGAUUAUUUAAUAAAAUAGAAAAUCCAAAAGACACAAUCACUACGGAAAUCUCUCAAUUUCAUAAUAGACCAUUUCAAGUAAUUAAUGGCGGAUCUAUUGCCGAUGUUAUUUUUAAUCAAAUAGAAAAUAAUCAUAUUCGACAACUUCCAAAAAUCGGUAGUAUUGAUCUAUUUGCGGAUAGUACAGAUGUUAUGGUUACAGAAUUACGUUUAAAAAUGAAAAAGAUUUUUGAAUGA